GUAGGCCGGUGGCUGAACGGAAAUGGCGUCAACCGAAGCCGCGACAUUCAAACUCCCGGAAACGGCGUUCGAGCUGGGCUGGGUUCGAAAAGCCGCGGCGGUGUCGUCGUUGUCUCUCGCCCGGCCGCCACCACCGCCCCUCCCGGUCCCUCCCGGGGCGGCACAAGCGGGGCGGGCGCGGGGGUCGCCGUUACCGCCAGCCAUCUUAAAGACCCUCUCUCCCCGGCCGGCUGAGCCCGUUCUUCGAGACCUCGGAUGCACCUCGUCCGAAAAACCUAGAAUAUGGCAUCAAAAGUCAUCAAAGAGAUGAAUAUCAGCAAGUGGGGAUUAAAGUCUGGCGAUUCCAAAUCUGAAUCUGAAUUACAAGUGUACAGGAAAGAGAAUGCAGCCCUGAAAAAAUCUUUGGAAGAAAUCACAAAGGGCAAAAGCAAAAUGACACCUGAAGAAAGGAAACGGCUUCUGGAGAAAAUACUUGCCGUUCAAACAGAAAAUGAAAAAUAUAAGAAUGUCCUUGGGGAGAGAGAGGAAGAAAUCCGGCUACUGAAAGAAAAACUAAAGAGUAGAAGUGAAAAUAGUGAUGUCACCCGCAUACUUGGUCAACUGGAGGAGAAAACAAAGGAAGUGGCAAAGAGAGAACAGCUACUGAAUGCCCUCACCGAAGAGACGAAUCGGCAGAACUGUCAAUUAUCUGCAGCUACUGCAAAAUGUGCAGACCUUGAAAACAGAGUUAGCAAUGACCAGAACCCCCAAGAAGUUGCUGCAAGCUGUCCCGGAACAUCAGUAAAUGUAAAUGAAGUUGAAAUGCAACUGAAAGAUGCUUUGGAAAAAAACCAGCAGUGGCUCACGUAUGACCAGCAACGAGAAGCUUAUGUUCACAGCCUCUUAGCAAGGAUCUUUGAGUUGGAGCAACAGUUGGACGCUGUUCAUCACAAACAAGCAAAGGAAGCCAGGCUAGAAGAAGAGAAACAAAGAUAUGAACAGCUGUUGGCAGCUGCCCAAAAUGAUCUUGAAGCAGAGAGGCUUAUGGCAGCUCAGCUAAAUUCUGACUUGAGUGAAUUGAAAAGGAAAUAUGAAGAAGCCAAGCAGGAGCUGAAGAAUUUAAACAGUCUGCUGAUGUUACACAAGCAAGUCAACGUUCAGGCUCUUCAAAAUGAGAACCACAUCAAAGACCAGAUGUUACAGAGGCUUACACAUGAAAAUGAGGUUAUCAUAGGAAAGCUGGAUGGAGAAAAGAAGCGAACACAAGCUCUCUCUUCUCAGGUUGAACUGCUGCAAAGAUCUUUGCUAAAACAGCAAGAAGAACACACAAGGAUGGCUGCUUUGGAACAACAGAUCCAGGCAUGUACCUCUGACUUUGAGAAUGAAAAGCUUGAUCGUCAGAACCUGCAGCACCAGUUGAACAAAGUCCUUAAAGAGCUGCAUAAAGCCAGGGAACAAAUAAGUCAUCUAGAACCUUCUAAGUCUCCAGAGCACGGAGGAUGUGUAGAAGUCUUGCUCAAUUUCCAGACUGCCGUUGAUGACAAGGUGGUAAUAAAAGACAAAUGUUCUUCACCAAAAAGUUCCUGUCUUGACGAAAGUUUCCUGGAGUGCCCCAAAUGUAAAGCGAACUAUCCUACAAGCCAGCAUAGGGACUUACUGGCCCAUAUUGACUAUUGUGUGGAUUAAAUACACGGGCAAACCUGUAGCUAGGUUACUGCAAACAGGUAUUUUAACUAAAAAUACUGUAAUGGCUUUUUAAAAACAAUGCACUUGGAUUUUAAAGGACUGUAGUUCACAUUCCAGCUAAAACAUUGUACUUUCAGUAUCAAUUUUUAUGAAGGUCUGACCUUAACCAUGUCCACAGAGGCAGUCAACAAUUUUGUUUCAGACAUGGUAUGUUGAAUUCUAGACUACUGGUUGUAUUUGCACUAUCAAACCAAUAGAGGUAUUCACUGAUUUUUUUUCCAUGACCGUUCACCAAAUGUUCAACAAAACUGCUACCAAACACUCCUACUUCAGUCUUCAGGAUCCCUGGCCUGUAACAUAUUUAAACUGGAUUAAUAUAUAUUGCUUUGCACUGCCUGGAUAUUGUUUUGCCAUUUCAGCAUUUUAAAGCUUUUUUCAAUCUUGCGAAAAGGAACAUGUUUUAAAUUUAGGAUGAUCUGUGAUGCAAGAACUUGUGUGGUGACAAGUUGGUUGAUCUGAUCUGAACAUUCUUAAAGUAGUUUAUUCUAUAAUAUCAAGCAAACUGUGUGUGUGCAGAAAAAGGAACAAACAAAAAAUUUAGCGCUUGAGGUUACCUUUUAAAAUCGCUUCACCUGUUUGGUCUGAAGUACAUUCCUACUUGUACACAGUUUGUCCUCCACCUAAAAGCUGGGGAUAUAGCAUAUCAGGGAUUCUGUAUAUGGAAAUGCUUUUUAAAAUAAUAAUAAAACAAUUGGUGAUGCCUGCAA